AUGGAGACUCUCAACAAAACCUCUGCCCCCGCGUCAGGGCUGCCUCUCGCCUUCCAUGGCACCGUCAUCCACGCCCGCAGUCCAAACGAUUUGGAGAUCCUGGAGAACUGUUUUGUGUUGGUGGACAAGGACGGCAAGAUCCAGGCUCUACAAGCGGAUGUGGAGGCAUCCCAGAUCAACGGCAUUGUCUCCAAUCAGGGCUACGCCCCGGACGUCUUCCCGGUCAAGCAUCUAUGCCGCGGCCAAUUCCUGUGUCCAGGCUUCGUCGACACGCACAACCACGCCCCCCAGUGGGCACAGCGCGGCGUCGGCCGCGGCCAGACCUUACUGGACUGGUUGAACCAGGUCACUUUUGCACAUGAGGCCAAGUUUGCCGCUCCCGACUACGCCCGGCGUAUGUAUGCAUCCUGCGUGGCGGGCUUCCUGCAGCAGGGUAUCACUACUGCCGCCUACUAUGGUUCGCACCAUGGCGAAGCUACCCGCAUCCUGGCCGAUAUCUGCCUUGACAAAGGUCAGCGCGCCCUUGUAGGCAAGUGCAAUAUGAACCGCAACGCACCGGUCUGGUACCGGGAUGCGUCCGUAUCUGAUUCGCUCCGCGAAACCCGCGAGCUGAUCCGACACGUCCGCAAUAUUGAUCCUCAAACUCGACUGCUCACGCCCAUCCUGACUCCGCGUUUUGCAAUCUCUUGCGACUCCGACCUCCUAGCAGGACUUGGCGCCAUCGCCACCGAGCAUCCAGACCUGCCUAUUCAAACACACUUUGAUGAGGCGGAGCAGGAAAUCCAAUUCACAAAACAGCUCUUCCCGGAAUUCCAUACGGAGGUGGAUCUCUAUCAGCGAUUUGGACUUCUCAACCAUCGCUCCAUCCUCGCCCACUGUAUUUUCUUGCAGGAAGAUGAAAUGCGCCGCAUCCAGGAGCUUCAUUGUGGUGUCGCCCAUUGCCCGAUUGCGAACACCACCAUGCGUGAGUUUAUGGUUGCGCCCGUGCGAGAAUACCUGCGGCGAGGGAUUAAAGUCGGCCUUGGUACUGACAGUGGGGGAGGCUAUUCCUCGUCGAUGCUGGAGGUGAUGAAACAGGCCUUCGUCGUGUCGAAUGCUCAGCAGAUGCUCACCCAGGGCCGGGAUGCACCUCUGUCACUGCAGGAAGGAUUCUUUCUGGCCACCCUGGGUGGCGCGCAGGUGUGUGGACUGGACGAGAAGAUCGGGAAUUUCGCUAUUGGCAAGGAGUUCGAUGCGCUGGAGAUCCACACCAUGGAUCUGGAGCAUGCGGGGGUCAUGACUCCCGUGGAAGACGAGGACUCGCUCGCCGUGAUUUUCGAGAAGUUCCUCAUGACGGGCGAUGAUCGCAACAUUGCCAAGGUGUAUGUCCGCGGACGGUCGGUCAAAGUAUGA